AAAAAAAAAAAAAAAAAUGCAUCAUAAACAUUGUAUUUCGAAUAUUUUUCUAAUAUUUUUAACAUUUUUCGAUUCAUAUCGAACAUUUAUAUCAGCUGAUUCUCAACAACAACAACAACAACAAAAUGUUUUCGGUGAUAAUAAUGAAGUGAUUACAACGAUAAAUCCGUUAAUAAUAUAUUCAACAACAACAACAACAACGACAAAGACAACAAAAGAUAAUCCACAAAGGAUUCUACCAAAAUGGCUUAUCCAUUUGGUUAAUAAUAAUAAUAGUAAUAAUCAUCUUCAACAAAAUCAAUCAUUGAAUAUUAGUGAUCUGAAUAUUAUAGCCCAAAUCAAUGGCCAACAUCAACAUCAACAACAACAACAACAACAACAACAACAUUCGAAUUCUAAUCGUUCCAAAAUUUUUAUUAGUCAUGUGAUUCUAAAAAAUUUAUCAUUAUCAACAAUAAUUAAUCAAAAUCAAUCAUCUAAUAAUAUUACUGUAAAUGAUUGUAUUGAUGGAAAAACAUAUUGGAAUCAACGUACCGGUCAUUGUCAUGAAUGUUUAUCUAAAUGUCCAUCAGGUGCAAUCAUAUUACGACAAUGUAAUCGUACAAAUAAUAUGGAAUGUGUUUGUACACAAGGAUGGUAUAUGUCAAUAUUGGAUGGAACAUGUAAACCAUGUUCAGAAUGUCCAUCUGGUUAUGGUGUGUGGCGUACAUGCAGGUGGUCUCGUAACACUGUUUGUCGACAAUGUCAACCGGGAACUUUUUCCGGUGCUUCAGUUGGCACGCUUGGUUGCAUAAAAUGCUCAAAGUGUGGUCCUAAUCAAGAAAUGAUUUCCGGAUGUGAUGGUAACCGUGACACAAUCUGUAUUGAUCGAUCAGCUUUAAUGGAUUCAUAUCUGAAUACCAUUGAUGAUGGACAACAACCAUCUGAAACGGAUGAUUUGGCCAUAUAUUCUAAUGGUAAUACAAUAGAUGGAUCAUCAUCAUCAUUAUCAUCAUCAUCAUCUUCAUCCACAACAAAUUUUGAUCGAAUUAGAAACCAUACGAAUGGUGUACAUCUUUUACCAUUAUACAUUUCAAUGUUGGUCAUCAUUGUAUUUACAUUCUGUAUUUAUGCAUUGAUUCAAUUAAAAUGUAAUAAUUCUCUUAUGUUACGUGUUGAUCAUCAACGUGUUAACGAUUCUUCGAGUAUACAUACACAUCAUGGUCAUCAUACAAAACUUUUACCGCCGCCACCACCACCACCACCUCCAUAUAAUGCAAAUAAUAAUAUCUUGACAUCUUCAAUUCAAACAUGUCCACAACAUCAAUAUUCCUAUAACAUUCCAGCAUGGUUAUCAAGUCAAACUACUGAUAUAUCACCAUAUCAAUCACCAUUACCACAUUAUCAUCAUCAUAAUUCAGUCAUGCCAUUAUUUUCGGCAUUAAAUCAAAAAGAAUCGACGCAAAGAAAAUUCCAUAUUCAUAAUAAUAAUAAUAAUCGUUCGACACCAUUAACAACAACAAAUCAUUAUGGACAGAAAACCUACAAUGAAUUAUUAAUUGGUUCAAAUAGUCCUACAUCGACGACAUCCACAUCAAAUGGAUCGAUUCAAUCGGUUCCAUUGAUCAGUGAUGAUGUUGAACAUUUAACCAUUGAAAUACGGCAAGCAUUAGAAAAUAUGCUUGGAAAAGAUACAGAAAUUUGGCGUUUAUUGGCCAGAGAAUUAGGCUAUGAUGAAAAACAUAUCGUUCAAUUCGAAUCAAAAGCAACGACUAUCACCAAUGGCCUAAAAAUGAUUGAUACAUUCAAAGCUAUUCGUUUAUUAUUAUUAGAUUGGUCAUCACAGAUGACUACAUCACCAGAUGAUCAUCAUCAUCAACAACAACAACAACAACAAUCAACGGAAACUGAGAUUGCUGGACCGCCAUCAUUGGCUACAUUAAGCAAUGCUUUGAUAAGAAUAGGCCGUGUUGAUUGUGCUCGUGUUGUUGUCCGACAAAAUUAUCAUCAACAGCAAAGACAACGACAGCAACAACAAAAUCACACAUCAACAUCAAGGCAAUAAAAUUUU